CCAGAUCAACCCUCUCCCUCAAAAAAAAAAAAAAGAAGUCGAACCAGAUCAGAGACCAGACGCACGCAAAUCACUUCCCCAUUCCCUCGCCGCCGCCGCCGCCGCCUCCGCCCCGUCAAUCUCCUCCUCCGCGGCGGCGCCGCCAUGCUCUGGCUCCGGUGCUGCGGCCUCACCCAGCUCCUGUCGUUUCGCUCCGCCUCCACCAUCUCCCAGCUCAGGUGCCUCAUCUCCGCCACCGCGCCCGCGCCCGCCGUCUCCCCGAACCCUAGCUUCGCCGUGGAGGAGUAUCUCGUCUCCACUUGCGGCCUCACCCGACCGCAGGCCCUCAAGGCCUCCGCUAAGCUCUCCCACCUCAAGUCCCCUUCCAAGCCCGACGCCGUCCUCGCCUUCCUCGACGGCCUCGGCCUCUCCGGCGCCGAUGUCGCCGCCCUCGUCGCCAGGGACCCGCUGUUCCUCUGUGCCAAAGUGGAGAAAACCCUGGCACCCAAUGUCGCGGAGCUCACCGGCCUCGGUCUCUCGCCUUCUCAGAUCGCGCGCCUCGUCUCGCUCCCCAGUGUCACUUUCCGCUGCAGAUCCAUCGUCUCCACGCUGGAGUACUUCUUGCCCCUCUUCGGGUCCUCCGAGAACCUCCUUUGAGCCCUACCUCGAGCGGGUGGCUCCAUUCUCGGGUCCAACCUCGAGCGGGUGGUCAAGCCCAAUGUCGCCUUCCUGCGCGAGUGCGGGCUAGGUGCUUGUGAUAUUGCCAGGCUCUGCAUACAUACGCCAUCGCUGCUCAGCAUCAGCCCGGAACGCAUCCGGACAGCAGUGGCAUGUGUCGAAGGUCUUCUUGGUGUACCCCGCGGAUCUCUGAUGUUCAAACAUGCAUUACAAGCUGUUGCAUACCUCAGCGAAGACAAAAUCACUGCCAAAGUGGAGCUCUUGAAGAAAACAUUCACGUGGACGGAUGCUGAGGUGGGCAUUGCUGUUUCUAAGGGUCCAGCAGUGUUGUCCAGGACUAAAGAAUCGCUGCAGCGCAGGUCCGAGUUCCUUAUCUCCGAGUUGGGAUUGGAACCAGCAUACAUUGCUUAUCGUCCAGCAUUGCUCACUUAUAGUCUAGAGGGCCGGCUCAGGCCCCGGUACUACAUUGUAAAGUUUCUUAAGGAAAAUGGAUUGCUCAAGUGUGACCCAAACUACUAUACUGUUUUUAAGGAGUCCGACAUGACAUUCAAGAAGAAGUUCAUACACCCUCAUAAGGAAGCUGUACCACACCUUGAAAAAGACUACGAUGCUGCUUGCAAAGGGGAAGUGCCCACUAAUUUCAGAUUCACAUAAGCCAAGGACGUGCUCUGAUGUAACUGUGUGCUGGUUGUCCGCUGCUGUAUGUCUGUUAGAUGCUGGGUUGGUGGUUGGUAAUGAGUGAUGAAGCUGAUAAUUUGAUCCCUGGAUACUGAUAUGUAAUGUCACCACUCAUCAGAGAAGAAACCAUGGAUUGGUUAUGAACUUUUUCAUCCUCAUUCAUGUUUUAUACACAUGUAUUGGAGCUAAGUAAGUGUGAGAUCAGGCCAUUCUGUAAUGCACUAAAAUUUCAGUUUUUAA